UUAGUUUUCUAAUUGGUAGGGCUUCCCCUUUCUUGCUCCCCUAUUAGUCUUCUCACCUGUCUCCAGGUGGAAUUCGAGACCAAUUCCGGUCAGCGAGAAAGGUCUGCCCGGGAUGGUUUAACUGACACCAUCCUCUCUCUUACUAAUAGCGAAAAUAUCAAAGUCCGGCGUCACCGUCUCGACGUCGGUAAACCCGACACCUUGCAAAUAGCUGUUAUUUCUCCGCAUUAAUAAUUCUUUUAAAGUUUUAAAUUUUACAUCCUUUUUUGGUUCGAACUAUUUCCGUGGCUUCACACAGAAGGACUUUCUUUCGUUUUAGAAGGAAGUUCCUGAGGAGAGAUGUUGACUUUGAUAUCAACUCAACAAGGAAGUUCCUCUUCGCUUCUCUCCUCAGAUGGCUCGAAUCGUUUUUAAUUAUUAGACGGAUAAAAUUCUAUAAAUAGGGCCAAACACAAAUGCCCAAUGCUGGAACUGGAAACCGAACUCUCAAGAAAGUUCGUAUCUAAAUGUAGGAAAUAGCGGCAAACCCAGCCAAAGAUUCAGAAAAAGAUAAGGAACCGAAAUGAGAAAAUGAAGUUACCAGAAUUAAUUUUCACCUAUUAACUAAAGAUGUGAUUGCUGAAUUAAUACCAAAAGUUGGACCAAGAUCUGUUUUUCUUACAGAAUUUCGGAAAUUACAGUUCCUUUCAGAUACCCUAAUAAUGUAGAAAUGGAAGCAAAUUUAAAUAAUGCUGAAAAUCAAAAUUACAGAUAUAAUAAUGGAGCGAAAUUGGAAAAGAUGGAUGUUUCUCCUGAAGCUAUGGCUAAUGCUACUGAACCUGAGUUGUCAGUUAAUAACAAUAAAAAUAAUUCACUUAGUUUCACCUUGGUUUCUGAGGAAGAACCUACAAUAAAAAAGGAGCUAAAUUAUGAUUCAGAUAAAAUGGAAUUCAGUGAAUGUACUGAAGACACUGGGGAUAAAAUUUCACAGUCUUCAAAUGCAACUGAAGAUGUUGAACAAACAUUAGAAAUAUAUUCAGAGGAACUGUGGAAUUUUGAUAUAAGAGAGAUUCUUAAAAGGACUAAUUCAGGAAGAGAAGUUUUGCAACUUCUGAAUACACAAAAUCUUACAAAUGAUUACAGGUACAAGUUUACAAGAAUUUUAGUUGCAGAACUUGUAAAGAGAUUUGGACCUUACCCUUCAAGAGAUGUCAAAGAAAAGUUAGCAGCAUCCAUUAUUAAAUAUUUUCCAUUCCUUCAAGAUGAAGAUGGUGGAUAUGUAAGAAGUUUUAUAUGCUUGCUUUAA